CUUGUUUUUCUUACUUCGAUGUCUGUUUGUAUUUCUCGUCUUAUUCAAUGUGUGUCAGUCGCGUCUUAUAAACGAAGUUUCAUCUGAUCUCGCGUUUAUCCGUGAGGAUUCCGCUGGGAUUUAUACACGUUGUUUGUCACAAGGAAGCUCUGUGCUGACGGACUUCCCACUUUAUUUUCAGUUUCUGCGGUGCAUGUGACUGAAGAUCGACACAAACAUGAAGAACAGCAGCAUUUGUGCGUUCAUUCUCGCUUGUUUUGUUGCAGGAGCGAGAAGCGACAAGCUGCUGAAGGCCACGGCGUACUGGGACUCGACCCACAAGGCCGUUCUGCUGAAGGAGGGCGUUCUGGACCCGCAGGGCGAUGCGUACGGGUACUAUAAUGACACGCUGUCGUCCACGGGAUGGGGCGUGCUGGAGAUCCGCGCCGGCUACGGUCAGACGGCGGAGCCGGACGACGUCACCAUGUUCCUGGCGGGAUAUCUGGAGGGUUUCCUCACCGCGCCGCAGAUUUUCGAUCAUUACACCAACAUGUAUCCGCAGCUGAUCACGAAACCCGAAACACUGGUGGCUGUGAAGGACUUCAUGUCGACGCAGGACGACUGGUCUCGGCGUCAGGUGAAGGGUAACACCACUGAUCCUCUGUGGAUUCACACGGGGCUGAUUCUGGCGCAGCUGGACGGACUGCAGGCCGGAGUCACCGACUGGGCCAAACAACACGGGAGGAAGCCUCUGUCCCAGUUUGCCAUCCAGUUCCUGAAUGCCAUCGGUGAUCUGCUGGAUCUGAUCCCGGCGCUGGUUCCCAGUGGGACGUCCAGCAUGAAGCAGUAUAAAGCUCCUCCCAUGGGCCACUGCUCUGCGCUCAUAAAGAUGUUGCCUGGCUUUGAGAACCUGUUGUUCGCUCACUCCAGCUGGUACACAUACGCUGCCACCAUGCGCAUCUACAAACACUGGGACUUCAGACUCAGAGAGCCGCAUACGGCCACCGGAAGACUGUCCUUCAGCAGCUACCCUGGGUUCCUGAUGUCUCUGGAUGAUUUCUAUCUGCUGGGCAGUGGUCUGAUGAUGACUCAGACCACCAAUAACGUCUUCAACACCUCGCUGUACUCCUACAUGACUCCUGCCAGCCUGUUCUCCUGGCAGAGGGUUCGACUGGCACACGCACUGGCAAACACUGGAGAGCAGUGGGCCAAAACCUUCUCCAGAUACAACUCUGGGACAUAUAAUAACCAGUACAUGGUGGUGGACCGGAGUAAAGUGAAUCUGGGCAGCAGUCUGGAGGACGGAGCGCUGACUGUGGUGGAGCAGAUCCCAGGACUGGUGGAGUAUUCAGACCAGACGCAGACGCUGCGCAGAGGUUACUGGCCAUCGUACAAUGUGCCGUUCCACCGUAAGAUCUACGAUCUGAGCGGCUACGAGCAGAUGUGGAAGAAGCACGGCGAGGAUUUCUCCUACGACCUUUGCCCUCGUGCCAAGAUCUUCCGUCGUGACCAGUCAUCCGUCAGCGACCUGAACUCCCUCAAACACAUCAUGAGAUACAACGAUUAUGAGAGUGACCCGUACUCGCGGGGCGACCCGUGUAAGUCCAUCUGCUGUCGUAAUGACCUGCAGGAGCAGAGAGCCAGUCCUGGAGGAUGUUACGACACCAAGGUCACAGAUCUGCACAUGGCUCAGGAUUUCGUAGCGGAGGCGGUGAACGGCCCGACCACAGAUGGAGGGCUUCCCGUCUUCUCCUGGGAGGCGUUCAACAGCACGUCCCAUCAGGGCCUUCCUCCGAAAUACAACUUCAGCUUCGUCCUGAUGCAGCCGCACCUCUUCCGCCCCUGAGGAUCAUGGGAUUUCACAAUCUAGCCUGCUUUUGAACUGAUUCUCUGUUAGAAAUCUGCACUAAAACCAAUCUGAACCCUUGAA